UCUCUCUCUCCUCUCCCUCUCUCUCUCUCUCUCUCUCUCUCUCUCGGUCACAGAUGGAUAUUCAGUCUCUAAUCGCAGUAUCGGCUGGCAGACUGCUGGCUCAGAAUGAAGCGGUUUGUUCUUGUUUAUCUUUGGCUUGCUGCUGGAGAUUUUCAGUUAACUCUCAGUGUUGGAUUGAGAGAUACUCCCACUCUUGGAUUGAAAGAUCAGCCAAGACUGCUGCUCAGAGAUAUAAUCAGUGGUGGAUUUGAACACGCGACCGAUCAGAACCACAGUGUACUCUUCCAUCAAGAAGACUCAGGAGAGUUGUAUAUUGGUGGAACCAACUUUGUGUUAAAAUUAAAUCUGGAUGACUGUCGUGUCAUAGAGCAAAUUAAUCUGAAACAGACAAACAAUCAAGAAUGCCCAGAGGGCUCGUGUGAAAAUGUCGUCACUGUCAUUGAGAAGUUUGACAACAACUUAUUUGUCUGCGGAACAGAUGGAUACAAGCCACGGUGCUGGAAGUUUCAUCUGUCAGCCAACAAUCUGUCUGAGGAGAUAACAGAGAACCAUGAAGGGACGGGCAUCUCUCCAUUCAUUUACACACAGAACUCGCUGUCUAUGACAGUCGAGGGCGAUCUCUACGCAGCGGCUCCUUUAGAAAAGGAUGGAAGUUUCUUGCAGUUCAGAAGAAAAGCCGGCAGCAGAACAAACGUCUGGAUGUAUGACAGCUGGGUGUCAGAACCCACAUUCAUCUCAGCGUCCUGGGUGAAACAGAAGGAUGAUCCUGAUAAUGAGAAAAUCUAUAUCUUUUUCCAAGAGAAAAACUCAGACCACAGUCCAGAGGCCGAGCGUUGGAUUUCCAGAGUAGCCAGAGUCUGUAAGGUUGAUGAAGGUGGUUCAAAGAGAUUUUUCCAGAAUAUGUGGACGUCUUUCCUCAAGGCCCGUCUUGUGUGUGGGUUUCCAGAGAAGUCGCUGUACUUUAACCAUCUCCAAGACGUUUAUGUGAUGCAGGCCGAUGACUGGCAUGAUACCAGAGUUUAUGCUCUGUUCAGCAGCAGCUGGAAUGCAACAGCAGUGUGCAUCUACUCCAUACGAACCAUCGAGGGGAUAUUUGAGAACUCCAGCUUUAAGGGCUACAGCAAAGACAUCCCCAACCCCAGACCAGGAACUUGUGUGAAAAACAGCAGGAGCUUGCCGCUGGCUACUGUGCACAUGGUAAAGCAUCACCCAGAAAUGAGCGACUGGGUUUAUCCUGAGCACCAUGACGCUCCAUUCUACGUCAGCAGCAACACCUACUCAAAGAUAGCAGUGGACAGAGUGCAGGCUGCAGACCAGCAAUUCUACAACAUCCUGUUUUUGGCCACAGACUCUGGAAAGAUCCAUAAAGUCUUAGAGGCCGGAUCAGAACCCUUUAUCAUUUGUGAAACACAACUCUCCACUCAUUCAGCUGUCCAAUCAAUGAAACUUGACUCCAAAAAGAAAAAGUUAGUGGUUGGAUUGUCAGAGCAAAUUUCUGUGGUGGAUCUCCAGAGGUGUGAACAAUACAACAGGUCCUGUGAAGAAUGUGUUCUGGCCCGUGACCCGUACUGUGUCUGGACCAAGUCUGGCUGCACCCCAACUGUCCCUGGAGGUAUUCAAAGUAUCACUGACAGAGAGAUAGCGGUGUGCCACAUGCCACUAGAAGAAACCGAUAAAGUGAACAAGACAAAGCAACACACACUUUUUCACCAGAGCGCACCAGAUAAGACGGAGGUUCACACUAUCCCCUUGAACACCUCUUUUUAUUUUUCCUGUCCGAUUGACUCUUAUCACGCCAUGUACACCUGGGAGCACCAACAACACAGCAGCCCAUGUCUGCAAAUGCAGCAGGCCUGUCUGCACCUCGUCCCUGCCAUGGCAGACGAGAACUACGGGUGCUACAAGUGUGUUUCCAAAGAGAGAGGCUACACCAAAGUACUGAAAGAAUACCAUCUUACUAAACAAAUAAUCCCAGACGCAGACAAUACAGAGAAAGCUUCCUGCAAAAUCAACAAUGCAUCAACUGUUCUCCUGCAGAGACAUUGGAUCCCAGUUUGGCCUGCUGUGGCUGCUGUGGUGGGACUUUUGACUUUAUAGAAUGUGCAAAAAUGGAGUUUUUCUUCUUUGGGGCGCCUGUUUGUGUCUGCAUGCGGUUGUCCUUGGCACUGCUGCAGAGGCUGCCAUGUAGGCUGUGAGGGAGGAAGUCCUUUGUCACAGAUAUGAAGCUUAUAGUUCACACAGGAACACACACUGCGAUCUUUUAACAGAAUGCCCAGCUGUGCUCAGCAGACAGGAUGGGUAUUCAAGCUGAAGCAAUAGUUUGGUUAAAUGUAUUGUUUUUUUUUGUUUGAAUCAGGUGUGUAGGUGUGGCGGCAUGCACAUGCUGAGAUCUGGCUCACUAAAAUCUGACUUGCUCUGGUACACUGAUGAUGUAUUAAUAGUAUCUGAGGGAAGGGUGUAGGCAGGCUGGGGCGUUUGCUGAAUUUCCCUGUUUUGUUUUAAUUCCAACAGUCAGCCUGCAGAAAGGCUUGGAGAAAACGUGCAAUAAAAAUGUUCUUGCUGUAGAAACAGCACCUGACCUCAAA